UACAAUGUAAGCUUACACCGGCCCUACUGUCUGGGAUUUCAACUUCCUUAACUUCCCAGCACAAGCAGCCAGGGAACAGUCCUGCCCUGGAUGCAGCCUGGCCACCCAACCUGAAGUCCUGACCCAGUGGCACAAUGGCCACCAACAUACAGAAAGACCAGAGCUGGAUUCCACGGCUUUUUAAAAAGAAAACAUGUACCACUUUUAUAGAAGACUCUUCUCGUGGCAGCACCGCACAACUGUGCCAGUGUGGCAACCCCAAGCAAAACCAUGUUUCCGUGGCAAUGGAAGAUAAUUUCGGGGCAGCCAUCGUCAGCAAAUGGAACUCAGCAGAACAUACUACAGAGGAGCCCACGGAUGCCUAUGGAGAUAUCGAGUUUGUCGGGGCUGGGAAGAAACACAGUAAGUUUAUCCGCCUCUCCAAUGAGACUGACCCAGCUGUUGUGUACAACCUGAUUACUCUUCACUGGAAGAUCCCACCACCAAACCUGGUUGUGUCUGUUGUGGGAGGUGAUGGAGACUUUAAGAUGAAAACCUGGUUGAAGGACAUCCUGAGAAAGGGACUGGUCAAAGCAGCACAGAGCACAGGUGCCUGGAUCAUGACCGGUGGAAUGCAGGUUGGCAUUGGGAAAUAUGUGGGUGAGGCUGUGAGAGAUCAUGCCACUGCUAACUUUAACUCACGGACCAAAGUUGUUGCAAUGGGCAUUGCACCCUGGGGCAUUGUGCAUAACCGCCAGAGCCUGGUCAAUCCUAAGGGAUCUUCUCCAGCAAAAUAUUACAUGGAGGCUUUGGAUGGGGCUACUUAUUCUUUGGACAACAAUUACUCUGUCUUCCUAUUGGCGGAUGAUGGAACGAACGAGCAACUUGGAGGAGAAACGAGCUUUCGAUUCAGGCUGGAGGAACAUAUCUCAAGGCAGAAAACAGGAGCGGGAGGCAAAGGAAGCAUUGAAAUUCCUGUCCUGUGCAUGGUGAUAGCUGGGGAAUCCAAGAUGCUGGAGAGAGUAUACAAAGCCACAAGAUGUCCCAUUCCCUGCCUUCUGGUAGCUGGUUCGGGUGGAGUUGCUGACCUCUUGGCCGAAAUCCUAGAUGAAUCCUUGACUAUGGAGUCUGCUCGAGGCUUAAUAGAGCAGAAACUGAAACACCAUUUUCCUGGAGAAGAUUUGCGGAAGAUGGUUGACAUGGUUGAGAAAAUUGUGGAGAAUCGAGAUUUGGUCACUGUGUAUUCAAACACCGAUGGAACCGAGGACUUUGAGACUGUAAUUUUGAAAGCCCUGGUAAAAGCAUGCAAGAAGCAGUCGAGCGAUGCCCAGGAAUACCUCGAUGAACUUAAAUUGGCUGUGGCCUGGAAUCGCGAGGAUAUCGCCAAAACAGAGCUGUUUCAUGGUGAAAUCCUCUGGCGGGCGUCAGAUCUGGAGGACACCAUGACCGAUGCAUUGGUGAAUGACAAGCCCAGCUUUGUGAAGCUCUUUGUGGACAAUGGUUUGAACAUUGUGGAUUACCUGACAUAUGGACAGCUGGAGGAACUCUACAGUUCAAUUUUGGAAAAUACAGUUCUAUGUCACCUCCUACAGCGCAAACACGAAGAAAGACGAGAGUCCAACAAACCUCACCCCAGUGAAUUCAUUCCAGUGGACAAUACCACUAAAGGAAAAGAGUAUAAGCUCUAUGAAGUGUCCAAAGUUUUGAAAGAACUGCUGGGUGAUGUUUGUACACCUUUCUACACCCACAUCCUUGGAAACAUGAAAAGCUCCGUUAGCAGAAGAAAUUCAAAUAAUAAAUCCCAGCAUCUGGCCUACGGUGAGCAAAAAUAUGAAACGAAAAAGUCUAUCACUCCAUGGAUUGACCUGUUUAUCUGGGCAAUUCUUCAGAACCGUGAUGAAAUGGCAUCAUAUUUCUGGGAAAUGGGUUCAGAGGCUGUGAGUUCUGCGCUGGCCGCUUCCAAGAUCCUUAAGGAACUUUCUCGCUUGGAAUCAGAGGCUGAAGAAUCAAUGGCAAUGAAGGACCUGGCUGCAAAGUUUGAGCAUCUUGCGAUUGGAGUGUUUAAUGAAUGCUAUAGAAACAGUGAAAAUCGAGCCUUUAAGCUUCUGGUGCGACGAUCCAAUGUCUGGGGUGGUGCCACUUGCCUACAACUCGCUUAUGAAGCAGAUGCACGCAAUUUCUUUGCGCAAGAUGGAGUUCAGUCCAUGUUAACGGAGAACUGGUGGGGUCAGAUGGCACAUAAUACACCCGUAUGGGCGAUGGUGCUAACCUUCUUCUGCCCGCCUCUGAUAUACACAAAUCUGAUUGAAUUCAAGUCUUUCGACAAUGAAAAUGUAGAUGGUCCUCAGCGAGUGGAAAUGGACAGUCUUGACAUUGAUAUAAAGACCACUGUGGCCGAAAUCAUGGAGGGGGAAGAGUACGAGAAGGGGAAAUCCGAAGUGAUACCACUCAAAACGGGCAAACCAGAGAAUUCAAAAACCAUGAUUCCUGAGUCGGAAAUCAUAAGAGAGAAACCACGGCCAACGUGGUUAAGACGUUGGAAGCAGUUCUGGAGUGCACCGGUGACAGCCUUUUUGGGGAACGUAGUCAUGUAUUUUGCCUUCCUCUUCCUUUUCUCCUACGUACUGCUGAUGGACUUCAAGCCAGCUCCUCCUGAUGGCCCGGCAAACUCUGAGAUCAUCCUUUAUUUUUGGAUUUUCACAAUGGUGUGCGAAGAGAUACGACAAAGCUUCUUUGUGGGAUCUAUGCCGGUGACGCAGAAGGUCAAGCAGUACCUGCAGGAUUCGUGGAACCAUGUAGACAUCACGGCCUUGAUGCUUUUCAUCAUUGCCCUAGUUUGCAGGAUGUUCGAAAGCACGUAUGAAGCUGGACGGACCAUCUUGUGCUUUGAUUUUAUGGUCUUCACUCUGCGAUUAAUUCACAUUUUUGCUGUGAACAAGCAGCUAGGACCGAAGAUUAUCAUUGUCAGGAAGAUGAUGAAGGAUGUAUUUUUCUUUCUCUUCUUCCUUGGAGUCUGGCUCAUAGCUUACGGUGUGGCUACCGAAGGUCUCCUUCACCCCAGUGACAUGCGCCUCUCCUGGAUCUUACGGCGGGUGUUUUAUAGGCCCUACCUACAAAUAUUUGGUCAGAUUCCUCAAAAUGAGAUUGAUGCUUCAAUGAUCUUAGCGACAAACUGUACUGAUGACCCCGUUGCCAUUUUUAUGGAAGAGGCACCACCCUGCACCAAUACAUAUGCCAACUGGCUCGUUAUUUUACUCCUUGUGGUCUUCUUGCUGGUUGCCAACAUUCUGCUUCUGAAUCUUCUGAUUGCCAUGUUCAGUUACACCUUUUCCAAGGUCCAAGGAAACAGUGAUAUAUAUUGGAAAUUCCAACGCUAUAACCUGAUUGUGGAGUAUCACAACCGCCCAGCUCUGGCGCCUCCAUUCAUUAUUAUCAGUCACAUCCACACUUUCAUAAAACGCAAGAUUCGCAAGGUGGAGUCCCAGAAGAUCAGACAUUUUAUGUUGGAGCUGAAGGAGCCUUUAGAUAGUCGGAUGCUCACCUGGGAAGCUGUGCAGAAGGAGAACUACCUAGUAGAUCUUGCCAAGCAGAAACGGGACAGCGACACAGAACGCCUGCGCCGCACCUCACAAAAGGUGGAUAUAGCUUUAAAGAAUCUUAGCGAAAUAAAAGAACACGACAGAAGGUUGAAAUCGUUGGAACAUGAGCUUGAAUACUGCACAAAAGCCCUCUCUUGGAUAGUGGGUGUCCUGUCAGAGAGCGAAAUGGUGAAAACAGCAAAGCCACCUCCUGUUUUACAAUAGGAUUCAGAAGAGAAACAUGUUUGAAAAGCAAAGCCUGCCCACCAUGAGACUUCAUGACUUGUUUACUCCUUCAAACAUGAUGGCCUUUUUUACAACGAACAGUGGUUCUCUUGACCAUUUACAUAUAACGUUUAUUUCUUAAUUAUUACCAAACUGACUUUUUUGUGAUUUUUUUUUUAUAUGUCUUGUUUGUCAUUAACUUUACCACUCAGUGAAAAUCUCACAUUCCAAACUUUGAUACAAAAUAUCUCUCCAAGUUUCCUUUCGUCCUUCAGAAGAUAUGGAAUGUUUUAUCUUUUUCGCAAAUGUGGAAAAUCUGGAAUUUCAUGCAUCAAGACGAUAAAAGGCAACUACUUUGGAGCUUAUAUGAACGCAUGUAAAUAUAUAGAUUCAGAGAUCCCAGUAUAAUGUACUCAAAACUCCCUAAAUUUAUUGCACGUCGACAAUCGAGAUUGAUAGUGAAUCUCUUGUUUCUUUUAAACCAGUGACUAUAGUCCUCACUGUUGCAGUGGUACCAAGUAUCAAUGCGUUUUAGAUUUAAUUUAUAUAUUUUUUUAUUCUUGUUUGCCUCUAUUUGUUUUUUAUUAAAAGGGAUGAAUUGUAUAACAUAUGUCUUUAGCAAUAUGUCCGUGUCAAAUUGUACACACAGGGAAAUCAUGUCCGAAAAGAGAAGUUGGACAAAAUAAAGAGAAAAGUUUGUUGGGAA